AUGGGUCUCCUUAAUGAUUGUCAUUGUGUUUUCUGUGGUGCUGCUAUGGAAACUAGGAAUCAUCUCUUCUUCGAUUGUCCUACUGCUAGUUCAUUAUGGCCUGCUGUCUUCUCUCUAAAUGGUUUGCAAAACAAUCUUUUAUCAUGGAAUGAUCUCCUUGCUUGGGCUGCUGCUAAAUGGAAGGGUAAAUCCCUUCUCACAUACAUUCUAAAGAUUGCUUACAAUGCCCUUAUCUACUCUCUCUGGGAGGAACGAAACAAAAGGAUUUUUCAAGAACGUUCAAGAACCAUUGAAGAUUUGAUUCAUGCCAUAAAGAAAAUGGUUGAUUUCAAUUAA